AUGGUGAGCCUAUCGUUUGUUAUUGUGCUUGCAAUUGCCUUGAGAUUGGGUUUUUUUGCAUUUGGAUUGUAUCAGGAUGAAUAUAUGCCUGUGCGGUAUACUGAUAUAGAUUACUUUGUGUUCAGCGAUGCUUCACGAUAUGUUUAUCAAGGAAAGUCGCCUUAUCUCAGAGAAACUUAUAGGUACACUCCAAUGUUAGCGCUUAUGCUACUACCCAACAAUUGGGGUGGGGCCUGGUACCAUUUUGGUAAGGUCUUGUUCAUGGUUGGAGAUAUAAUCACUGGCGUAAUUAUUGCCAAAUUGUUGAUCAACCAGAAUCCCCUUGCGUCAAGUAAUAAAAACCUAGCGUUUGCUUCUAUAUGGUUAUUGAACCCAAUGGUAAUCACGAUAAGUACUAGAGGUUCAUCUGAAAGUAUUUUGACGCUGAUGAUCAUGUUAUCAUUAUAUAAUAUAGUUGGUAAACAAAACAUUUGGACAUCUGCAUUCUGGCUAGGGGUUGCUAUACAUUUUAAGAUUUACCCAAUAAUCUACUUACCCAGCAUCAUGCUCUACUUGACGAACAACACGAGCCCAAUUAUAAGAUUACCAGUACUUAACUUGAUAAACUGGCAGAAUAUGAAAUAUUUGUUAAUGACAACUGUGACUUUUCUCACGUUGACUGCAAUAAUGCAUUUGGCAUACGGUCGAGAGUUUUUGGAUAAUUCAUAUUUUUAUCAUUUUACGAGACUAGAUCAUAGACACAAUUUUUCCGUCUACAACAUGCUUUUAUAUUAUAAGUCGGCCUUGACACCAUUGUCCUCGCCAUUAACUUUAUACGGCUAUUUCGAUAUUGAGAAAGUUGCCUUUCUCCCACAAUUAGCGUUAUCAGGGAUCAUAAUUCCUCUUUUGUUAGCAAGACAGGAUUUGCUCUCGUGUUUAGUAGACGGGAGAAGGUGGAAUGAGCUACGCCGGUUUAAAUGUAUGAUCAAUACUCAUCCCAAUUCAAGUGAUGGAUCAUCUUAUGUUGAGCAAGGAAACACUAAAGUUAUUUGUACGGUUACGGGUCCUGUAGAGCCCGCUAGUAGAGCACAAAUGAAUCAAGAAAAAGCUAAUGUGGAGGUGAACUUGACAAUUGCCAAUUUUUCCACAUUUGAAAGAAAGAAACGAUCUAAAAGUGAAAAGCGGUUAACUGAAUUGAGAACGACUUUGGAGAGGACUUUUGAACAACUGAUACUAUUGCACUUGUAUCCACGAACCAGUAUAAUAAUAAAUGUUCAAGUUUUGAGUCAGGAUGGUGGGAUGCUUGCUGCUGUGGCUAAUUCGAUUACACUAGCCUUGAUGGAUUCUGGGAUAGCAAUGUAUGAUUAUGUUAGUAGUAUAAGCUGUGGUUUAUAUGACCAAUCGCCAUUGUUGGACUUGAACAAUUUGGAAGAGAACGAGAUCAGCAGUUUGACGAUUGGAGUUAUAGGCAAGAGUGAAAAAUUGGCGUUAUUGAUGUUGGAGGAUAAGAUGCCCUUGGAUAAUUUAGAGAAAGUUUUAAGCCUUGCGAUUGCUGGUAGUCAUAGGAUAAAAGAUUUGAUGGAUAUGGAGGUUAGGAAACACGGAAACGCAAGGGUAGCGAAACUAGUCAAGUGA